AAUAAAAGUGCGUGUGCUAAUGUCAAUUGCGAUACAAUUAAUUGCAACUGCCGGGAACGAAUAAUGUCUAUUACGAAAGGAUGCGUCAAGUUCAGCGAGUUUCUGAAGACGGUUUACGACGUCGCGACGACAGAUCCGUUCGCUAGCCGUUUCAAAGCGUUGUCCACGAACGGCGACAGAGAAGGAAUGAUAAAGAUCCUCAUGGACGUACCGUACAUAAAGAGCGUAAGAAUUGUCGGGUCGUGCACGGGUAAGGAUGACGUUAAAGCGUCAGAGAUUUAUGGCAAGUGUCGAGUGGUCGAGAAUGGAGUUACGCGAUACGACGAAGGUAGAAUUAGCGAUCUCACGGAAACACUGUUUACGGCCAGCGUGAGUAGUAGAUUGUUCCUGGAUGCGCUUUUAGAUUGCGCACGACACUGGUACGAGUCGAAGGCUUACGCGAGAUGCCUGAGGUACUGCGAGUGCAUGCUUGCGCUUCCCGCGAAUUUUUACAAUAAGACCGCCGACAGCACGAACGAUUUCUUGGAACGUAGAAAAGCGUGCUUGAGUUUAGAGAGCGAGUGCAAGAAACGGUUGAAAGCGUCGUCCUCUCGGGACAGGAAAGCGCGCAGGAAACGCAAUUCCGGUAGGAGCACGUCCCUGGAGAACGCAUUUGCAGGGGAUCAUGGUAGCACGCCAGACGUCGACGGGAAACAGCACGCCGUUCUUAAGAGUUGCUCCGACGCUGUGGCCUUGAAAUUCGUUGACAAAAGGGGCAGAUGCUUGGUAGCCACCAGGAACAUCGAAGCAGGAACAGUUCUUAUCGUUGAACCACCGUUUGCUUUCAGCACGAACAAAGAGGCGUUCGGCAGGAAUUGCUUGCACUGUCACGUCACCUUCAAACUGGACACCGUCGUCAAGAUUCCCUGUUACUAUUGUCGAACGGUGUCUUUCUGUUCGGAAAAGUGUCGCAAAGAAGCAUGGCACACGUAUCACCGAUACGAGUGUUCCGUGUUCGACGUUUUUCACGAGGAUGGUCCCGAGCAAACGCAACGACACACAUCGCACUUGUUACUGGCUUACAGGAUGACAAUCGUAGGGUCCUUAUCGUCGAACACUGGAAAAACAAAUAACAAUAACAACACGGAAGAGAACGAUGUUCCGUUUCUAAACGACAAUUUCCUACGGUACCGCGCAACCAGCGCGAAAAACGAGCGCAGCGAUUUAGGGACAAGCGAGGCGUACAACUCCGGCGAUUAUCGCACCGUGUUGGAGAUGGAGACUCAUUGCGCGACUCUGGAACCAAACGUGAACCUUAUUCGCGCUAUCGAGGCGAUCUUUUUAUCAAAAUGCUUUACUUUCGCCUUGAGUAAAUUGGACAUUGUUUGCUUGAAGGAAACUCUCCUCUCGUUGGCUGUAGCGACGAUGCAUCAUUUACAGGCGAUCAAUUGCAACGCUUACGAGAUCGUGGAGAACGUGUACGACAAGGGAACUCAUGUUUGGGAACCGAGACACGUUGGCGGGGCCAUUUAUCCUUCGGUCAGCCUCGUGAAUCACAGCUGCUAUCCGAACGUCGUUCGCCAUAGUUAUCCAUCAGGAACGGUCGUGGUUAGAGCGUUACGCUUUAUCGGCAAGGACACCGAGAUUCUUGAUUGCUACGGGCCACAUUUUCUCAGCGAGAGCAAAUUACAGAGACGCGAGUAUUUGUGGAAAAAGUAUCGUUUUCUUUGCGCAUGCGAAGCUUGCACGCAGAACUGGCAGUAUCCGUUACCUGAAACAAUGAAUUAUAACUGCAGAGCAUGUUCGGGAAUGAUCGGCGCGCUUGCUUUGAACGAAAAUGAUACACGUAACGUGUCCCAAUGCCUCAAGUGUGACGAGAGAAUCGAUUGGAGAAAAUUGAACGGUCAGUUGCGUAAAUCCAUCGACAAACGAUCGAACGCGAUAUCGAAGAUGUACGAAGGCCGUUAUGCAGAGGCUCUGAUACAGUUGCUCGAGCAUAUACACUUUAUUGAAAAGUAUUUCACUGCGCCCAACAUCGAGACUAUCAAAACACAGCAAUGUAUCAUUCAAUGUUACAAUCAAUUCGGCUGUACCUCCCAACAAUAAUAAGUUAACAAUGCGUUUUCGUAUCUAUAUGUAUAUAUAU